UCCUCACAUAUGAGAUUUAUUAUGUUGCAUGAUGUUCGGCAAGAAGAUGGAAUAAAAAAUUUCUUUAACGAUGUCUAUGAUCUGUACAUUAAGUUUGCUAUGAAUCCAUUUUAUGAACCCAACUCCCUCAUUCGAUCAACAGCAUUUGAUAGAAAAGUUCAGUUCCUGGGAAAGAAGCAUCUGUUGAGUUGAACAUUUCUAAUUAUUAAAUGGUACUCUGUAUAUUAAAUAUGUAUAAAAAACGUAAAAGCAGCUGGUGAUUUCACCAGUUUUGUGGUCACUUUAGUAUAUAAUGUUCAUGUUGGAUUUUCCAAUCACUAAUACUUAAAUGAAACAUAACAUCAGUUUGUGUAGAUCCUAAAUGUACAGUGCAAAUGUGCCCACUGAAAGCAAAUGUAAUUGAAAUUGGACCUAUUUUAGUCAUCGUGAAAUGGGGAAAAUUGUAAACCUGAAUGUACAUUAACUAAGGAAAAUAAUUUCUUAUUCUCAGAUUUGCUACUGUGUUUUAUGUUUACUUUACGUGUUUAACAUUGUCAUACUGGUUGUUGUCACCUUACUGGUCCUGCUACUGCCUCAGCUGCAACAAAGAAAUGCUCAUGUUCCAACCAACCAUCUUCUCUGAUUCCAAGAUUAUUCUGUGUAACUAAAGUUAAUUUGGAAGAUAAUAUAAGAUGGCAAAUGAUAAGCUAUUGGAACUGUCCUUCUGGGUUUAAAUGUCUUCAAGUAAAGACUAUGUACCUGUGCACUACCAUAGAUAAUCUUUGCUAACAGUUGAGGUUAGAAAACUGCAUUGCAAUUCUUUCAGAUAGACUUCCAUUUAGCAAAAUGUGUGGUUUGAAUUAUGUAAAUAAAAUUUGACUUUGUAAAUAAAAUGUAACAUAAAUGAUAAUAAAUGUGAAAUUUAGCCUUCUGGGAAAAAAUAAUUUAAUUAAUACAAAGCUGACAUAGUUGAUCUGAAAUCAUUGAUCCUACCAGCUCGUCAGAAGUUAUUUUUUAAUAUAUUUGGUUUAUAAAAAUCUAUGUCAUUAAUAUUUCAAUCACUGACAAUUUUAGUCAACUCCAGCUUUAUUUUGGGCUCCCAAUCAUCUCCUCGGCUGUGGGCCUUGUGGCGACCCACUUUCUGCACAGGCGAACCAGCUCACAAAUAGCCCGCGCAUGGGGAGAGACUUUGGUAAUGCACCUUUGACAUCAUUUCUGCCCGGAGAGGGCGGGAACUAGGGAUUAAAAGCCAGUGCCACGAAGUUUGAAUAAACUAGUCUCAAAACGACUUACCGACUACGUGUUGUUGUUUCUAGCUCUGUGUGUAGCACAUCGCUACAUUGGUGACCCCGACGGUCCAAACAGGAUUUGGACCAAAGAUGACCGACUCUUCAUCUGUUCACACAGUUUUCCUUAAACUGCUGACUUUGGGGACGCUGCGAGCACGCAUGUGGUUUAGCCAAGCAAAAGCCCAGUUCCAGAUUCAGCAGAUAUCUUCUGAUUCCACGCGUUACUAUUACGUGGUGAGCUCCCUUCACCAGGAGACAGCCGCCCAGGUUGCAGAUUCCAUACAGUCGCCCCCGGAAGAAGGCAAACAUGAAGUGUUCAAAGCACUGCUCAUUGGGACCUUUUGCCUCUCACGGCGUGAGCGAGGUGCCCGCCUGCUGCACCUGAACGGUUUGGGAGACAGGCCGCCAUCAGCAUUAAUGAAAGAGAUGCUGGCCCUGGCUGACGGACGCUAGCCCUGCCUCAUGUUUGAGCCAGCGUUCCUGGAGCAACUGCCCGAGGACAUACAUCUGCUGCUGGCCGACGCAGAUUUUAGUGACCCCCCCAGAAGGUGGCGGCCCGGGUAGACGUGCUAUGGAAAGCCAAGAGGGAGAGCGUGGCGUCUGUCAGUCAGAUUACCAAGCAACGCGCCCAACAGCAGAACAGACCAGGGUGUAAGGGGGUGCACACAACACAGAGGCAGGAGUGAGGAGGCCAGUGAACAGUGGUGUUUCUACCACCAGCGGUGGGGCACAGAAGCCCGCCGUUGUCGCCCGCCCUGCAGGGGCCAGGGCCAGCUGCUGCUAAUGGCUAUGGCAGCUGGCCACCAGGACAGCCUCUUGUACGUCUGGGACAAACAGUCGGGAAGCCGCUUCUUGGUUGACACCGGAGCAGAAAUCAGCGUCUUACCCCCGACGGGGUACGACACCCACAACAGGAAGCCAGGACCCACCCUGAGGGCAGCAAACAGCAGCACGAUACGGACCAACGGCACCUGCACAGUGCGGCUGCAGUUCGGCGCCAGCCAGUUCACGUGGGACUUCACACUGGCUGCCGUGGCCCAACCACUCCUGGGGGCGGACUUCUUGCGAGCUCACAGAAUGCUGGUCGACUUGCAAGGCAAAAGACUGGUAUAUGCCGAGACUUUCCAGACGUUCUCCCUGGGUGAAGCCAAGUUGCCGGCCCCACACCUGGACGCCAUCACGCUGUCGGACAACAAAUUCACCAGAAUCCUGGCGGACUUCCCAUUGAUUCUGGCACUGCAGUUCAUGGCAGCCAUGCCUAGACAUAGAGUACAGUACCACAUCCCGACCCAGGGACCACGCGAGCGCACCAAGGCUUCCCCCGGAAAAGCUCCACCUGGCGAAGGAGGAGUUCAAGAGGAUGGAGGAAUUGGGGAUCGUACGGAGGUCUGACAACCCAUGGGCCUCCCCCCUGCACAUGGUGCCCAAGGCAACAGGGGAUAGGAGACUGUGGUGACUACUGCAGGCAGAACCAGGCUACAUCUCCAGACUGCUACCCCAUGCCACACCUACAGGACUUUGCAGCAAACCUGCACGGGGCAAGAAUCUUUUCUAAAGUAGACCUCGUACGGGGAUGCCAUCAAAUCCCAGUGCACACUGAAGACGUCUCCAAAACAGCAGUCAUCGGCCUGUUCGAGUUCCUCCGAAUGCCAUUCGGCCUGAAGAAUGCUGCGCAGACGUUCCAGCGGCUCAUGGACGCAGUGGGCCGCGACCUGGACUUUGCGUUCAUCUACUUGGACGACAUCCUUAUAGCCAGCAGUUGUCGUCAGGAGCAUCUGUCCUACCUCCGCCAGCUCUACUCCCACCUGAGUGAAUAUGGCCUCACAAUCAACCCGGCCAAAUGCCAGUUCGGUCUUGAUACCAUCGACUUCCUGGGCCACAGGAUUACCAAAGACGGGGCAACACCUCUGCCCGCCAAGGUAGACGUGAUCCACCACUUUGCCUGGCCCAACACAGUCAAAGGCCUGCAGGAGUUCGUUGGUAUAGUGAAUUUCUACCACCAUUUCCUCCCCUCAGCAGCCCGUAUCAUGCGCCCUUUGUACACCCUAAUGUCGGAUAAAGGCAAGGACGUUACUUGGGACGAUGAGGCCUUGGCAGAUGCUGCAAUGCAUCGUUCCGACCGCCCUCACAUCCGACACAGCAGUCGAUGGGGUGCUGGAGCAGCUCAUCGAGGGGCGCUGGCAACCCCUGGUGUUCUUCAGCAAGCACCUACGACCACCCAAACUCAAGUACAGUGCCUUCGACCGUGAACUGUUGGCUCUGUAUCUGGCAAUCCGGCAUUUCAGAUAUUUCUUAGAAGGCAGGCCGUUCACCGCGUUCACGGACCACAAACUGUUGACCUUCGCGUUUACGAAGGUGUCCGAUCCCUGGUCGGCUUGCCAGCAGCAACACCUGUCCUACAUUUCUGAGUACACGAUGGACAUCCAGCAUGUCUCGGGAAAGGACAACGUCGUGGCGGACGCACUCUCCAGACCAGCUAUCCAGGCCCUGUCCCAGGGGGUGGACUAUGCAGCAUUGGCGGAGGCGCAGCAGGGAGAUGCCGAGAUGCCCAGCUUCAGGACCGCAGUCUUGGGUUUGCAGCUGCAGGACUUCCUCGUAGGCCUAGGUGAGAAGACCCUCCUGUGCGAUGUGGCUACCAGCCAACCUCGCCCCAUUGUCCCGGCAGCCUGGCAGUGGCAAGUUUUCAACUCCAUACACGGUUUGGUGCACCCAUCUAUCAGGACAACUGUCCGGCUGGUCUCCAGCAAGUUCGCAUGGCACGGACUUUGCAAACAGGUCAGCAAAUGGACCGGAACAUGCACACAGUGCCAAACAGCCAACGUGCAGCGGCACACUAAAGCCCCGCGGACAUUCGACCACAUUCACGUGGAUAUUGGGGGGCCCCUACCAGUGUCACAAGGAGCGCGGUACCUCCUAACUAUGGUAGACCGGUUCACGAGAUUGCCAGAGGCAGUCCUGCUCACCGACACAUCUGCUGAUUCCUGCGCCCGAGUGCUGAUUGCAACCUGGGGAGCAUGCUUUGGGGUACCGGCUAACAUUACCUCCAACCGAGGCGCCCAGUUCAUCUCCAGCUUGUGGUCGGCUGUGGCCAGCUUGUUGGGAACGCAGUUAACACCACACAACUGCCUACGACCCACAGUCGAACAGACUAGUGGAACGCUUCCACCGUUACUUGAAGUCAGCUCUCAUGGCCCACCUGAGAGGACCUAAUUGGGUGAACGAGCUUCCCUGGGUCCUGCUUGGACUUCGCACAGCGCCUAAAGAGGAUCUGUGUGCCUCGUCGGCAGUGUUGGUGCACAACUCACCCCUGGUCGUCCCAGGAGAGUUCAUACCAGACCCAAGGGAGCAAGAGGAAGAACCUGCAGCAGUCCUGGACAGACUAUGCGAAAGGCUCGGCAACCUGGCCCCCGUACCAACUUCACAUCACGGACAGACCCCGACCUACGUACCCAAAGACCUGCAGAACUGUAAAUUUGUGUUUGUACGAAGGGGCGCACACAGGGCACCGCUACAGCGGCUAUACAAGGGGCCGUUCAAGGUGAUCAGGGACAAUGGGUCCAUGUACAUUUCGGACAUUGGGGGGAAAGAGGAGGUUUUCACGGUGGACCGAUUAAAACCAGCCCAUGUGGACUUGGCGCAGCUGGUCGAGGUUCAGGCACCGUGGCGCAAAUGCAAACAGCCAAACAGAGACUGAUCCAGACUGUGGAUAUUGGGGGUGUAUUGCCGGUUCCGGGGGUGGGGGGGGGGGGGUUAUGUGGCGACCCACUUUCUGCCCAG